AUUUUUUUUAUACUGCUUUUAUAGAAAAUAUAAUAAAAGUAUAAUAAACAUAUAUAUUUUUACAAAAUGGGAAAGAAACAACACCAGAAGGAUAAACUUUAUCUUACUACAAAGGAGUGGAAAGAAGAAUGGGGUGGAAAGAAAGAUGAAGGACAAAUUGAAAAGUUUCGUAGACUGCCAUUUAACUACUGCAGCAUUUCUUUACAACCUUUUGAACAUCCGCUAUGCACAGUUGAAGGAGUUGUAUUUGAUUUAUUGAACAUCUUACCAUUUUUAAAAGUUUUCAAAAAAAGUCCGGUCACUGGAGAGCCUAUGUCUGCUAAAGAUCUCAUAAAGCUAACUUUUCAUAAAAACUCUAAAGGAGAAUAUCAUUGUCCAGUUAUGUAUAAAGUGUUUAAUGAGAAUUCAACAAUUGUUGCCAUAAAAACCACAGGAAAUGUAUUUUCAAUGGAGGCUGUUGAAGAAUUAAAUCUAAAAACAAAAAAUUUCAAGGACUUAUUAACAAGCGAGCCUUUUACCAGAAAAGACAUAAUCACCAUUCAGGAUCCAGCAAAACUAGAGAAGUUUAAUAUAUCAAACUUUUAUCAUAUUAAACACAAUAUGAAAGUUAUAGAUGAUGAUGAGGAAGUGUCAAAAAAAGAUCCGAUGUAUAGAAUUCGAAAGGCCAAUCUAGAAACUGAAAGUACAUUAAAAGAGCUAGAGGAGACAUAUAAAGAACCCAAAGAGACUUACUUAAAGUCUAAUAAACAAGAAGAAAAUUUGAAAAAGCCAAAGUAUUUGGCUCACUAUUCAACAGGAGCAAUGUCAGCAUCUUUUACUUCAACUUCCCAAGACCGCUCCAAUACACAACAAGCAGCUGCUCUGCAUGAAGAUGUUGUACGCUAUGAGCUAGUUAAAAAGUUGGGCAAAAAAGGUUAUGUUCGAAUGACAACAAAUCUGGGGAAUAUCAAUUUGGAACUUCAUUGUGAAAUGGUACAAAAGACAUGUGAGAACUUUAUCACGCAUUGCAAUAAUGGUUACUAUAGCAAUACAAUUUUUCAUCGUUUAAUUAAACAUUUCAUGAAAUGGUUCACAAUUUUUUAUUACAUUUCGAUCUUGUCAACAUCUUGAUAAUAAGCACACCAUUUUUGGAAGAGUUGUUGGAGGCUUAGAUAUUCUUAAUAAAAUUGAAUCUAUCAAAUGUAAUGAAGAAGAUCGUCCAUUGGAAGAAAUUAAAGUUGUAAACAUGACCGUUUUUGUAAAUCCAUUUCAAGAAGUUGAUGAUCAACUUAAGCAAGAAGAAGAGAACCAACUUAAAAAGGCUCAAGAAGAGGUUGAACUCCAAAAAAUAAGAAAAGUAUCUCGUGAUGUUGAUAACAAGCCAAAAGUAUACAGGUCUUCUGGAAUUGCAAAAUAUAUUCCCACAGAUAUAAGCAAACGAUAUGCAGAAGAUGACGAAGGUUCAAUUGCACCGAAAUCAAAGAAAAAGAUAAAUAGCUCUGACUUCACUGACUUUAGCUCUUGGUAGUGAUCAAAUGUUAACAUAUCAAGUGAUGUCAACUUUUUUAACAGCAAUUCUAUGUUUCUUAUAUUUAAUGAUUUCACCUCUUGGAUAUUUACUUUUUAAUUAAAAAUAUAUAUUUAAUUUAAAAUGUCAAGUAUUUGUGUCAGUUGUUACUGAAUGAAUGUCAAUUUAUAAUGAAAACCUUUUGAGAAGUAUUAAAUUGUUUCAUCAAAAUCA